GCUCCCUCCACGGAAGAGUUGUAGUGAGUGAAAAUAAACACUAAAACACACGCAAAUGUAUUUUCCUGGCUGCAGCACCUGCCGUCUUGCCUCGGUAGGAAUCAUUUUCAAAAACAGCAGCUUCUUGAAGCCCCAGAACGCAUUCCUGUGCUACGGAAAACGGAAGAGUAGCUCUCGGGGUCAGAAGGCGAAGGUCAGAACGCCGAAUUGGCGGGAGAAUAGGUUUGGUGGUCCGAGAUCUGAGGCAACGGUGGCUCCUCGAGGUCCACGGUCCCGGCAACCGGUGAACUCGAUACCUUGCAAGCCUGUAGCCCCAGCUCACACGCCUCUGGGCGUCCGCCUGGAUCUGUCUGGUGAAUGGAACUAGGAUGGCCUGUGAGCCCACAGAAUGUCUAGAAAAGUCAGCGUUACGUUGGAACCAACAGAAAAUUACAGAGAUGGGAUUUCGCCAUGUUGCCCAGGCUGAUCUUGAACUCCUGGGCUGAAGAUAUCCACCCUCCUCGGCCUCCCAAUGUGCUGGGAUUACAGGCGUGAGCCACCAUGCCUGGCCUGAGUGUUCAUUGAUGAUGAGAAAUGGGCUUUUCGCAUCAAAUCACAAAAAUAUGCUGAGUAAUGUGAGGAUUCUUGCUUUUCUGGAAGCUAACACAUAGUGCCAAAGUAGUGACAGAAGAAAUCUUGGGAGGAAGCAUUUUUGUCUUGUACUUGAAACAGCUGCUGGGCCCACCAUGGCUCCUGUGAAGAUCAGCCAUGUGGUAUCAUUUUCUUCUCAGGAUCCCAAGUAUCCUGUAGAGAACUUGCUAAACCCAGAUAGUCCAAGGAGACCUUGGCUCAGCUGCCCUCAGGACAAGAGUGGGCAAUUGAAAGUAGAACUACAGCUGGAGAGGGCAGUGCCCAUUGGCUACAUUGAUGUGGGUAACUGUGGCUGUGCGUUCCUGCAAAUUGAUGUGGGCCGUUCUUCCUGGCCCCUGGACAGACCUUUCAUAACCCUGCUCCCUGCAACCAUGCUAAUGUCUCUAACUGAUUCAAAGCAGGGGAAGAACCGCUCCGGGGUCCGCAUGUUUAAAGAUGUUGAUUUCCUGGCUCCAGCCUCAGGAGAGUUAUGGGAUCGACUUCGCCUGACCUGCUCCCAACCUUUCACGCGUCAUCAGUCCUUUGGCCUGGCCUUUCUACGGGUGCGUUCUUCUCUGGACUCCUUAGAUGACUCUGUGGUGGGUCCCUCAGCCCUUGUGAGCUCUGUGCUGAACAAGGGUUCUUCUGAUGCUGAGGAGUCUGGUCCUAGCCCCUGGCUAGCUAAUCCUUCCAUCCGGAGGACAUUCUUCCCACAUCCCCAUACGGACACCAAGGAAAUUUCAGAGCUCAGGAAUAUCCUAACACAGCUGCAGCCAGGGACUCUGGGGCGUUCAGCCCACAUGGUGCUUUCUGCUGCCCGCAGGGUGCCUCCAGUCAGUGUGGCAAGCCCAAAGAACAACCAUGCAGAACCAGGUUCCAGUCAUCCAGACAGGGCAGAGCCCAGAGCAGAGGAGCAAAACUCUGAGAAUGACGUGGGCAGGAUGAAAAGAAGGAAAGUGCAGCACCAAAGGCCUUUAUCCAACUCUAAUUCUUGGCCAAACAGGAGGGAGACAACAAGAGCACAGCAAAAAAAACAGCACCGACCCCAGGCCCAAAGCAGUGGUGGCCAGGAUAGUGGACAGUGCCCAAUUUGUGCAGGUUCCUUCAGGAUUGAGAUUCUUCCCCAGCAUGCUGCCACUUGUGGAGAGACCUCCCCACCUCACCCAGUUUCUCCCUCCUCAUCAUCAUCUUCAUCCCAGUCUGUACUGUGGGUGUCCUCCCCAGAAAGUUCACCUCCUGUCUCCUGGGUUCAGUGCCCUAUCUGCCAGUUGCAGUUCUCAGCAAGAGAAGUAGAAGAGCAUGCCAGCAUAUGUGGGGACUUCCCUCAGGCAUGAGCCAUGAGGUCCUCUGGUUUUGCCCCACCCUCUGUGACUGAGACUGGGACUGAAUCGCUUGACAGCUGAGAAGAGCUGCUGAGGCCAAAGCUCCCUCUCUCCUCCCCUCCACUCAUUCCCUCAGGACUCUGCCUGAGGGCACCUCUGUGCCUAGCCUGAUCCCCAUUCCCAGUUGUCAAGGCUUCUGUGACCAUGGCACCCGAUUCUCCUAAGGCCAGCUCUGUCCUUUUCCCCCUUGGAAGUCUCCUUGGAACUUUUGGGCCUUGGGACACCAUCCAGAAUGUCUUUCCCUCUGUGAGUGGUGCACAUUCUCAUGCCCAUUUUCCUGAAAGGAAAACCGAGGCCCAGUGAAGAGCAAACGCUGUCUGACAGAUAAAAUCCUGUGGUGUGCUGGGAA